UCCCCCACCCUUUCCGGAAGCAUUUGGACAUUCCAGGUCUACAGUUGUCCUACGAUGCAGUAAGUCUUGUGUUCUCUACAAAACGGAGUUGGUGCAUUAUUCGAUGCGUUAAGAUUAAAACUGCAAGUUAUUUUUAUAUUGUACGUGUGUUUGUUAUAUAUAUUUUUCUCGUAUAUAUAAUGGUUACAAUAGAGGAUUUGCCUGACGAGAUUAUUUUAAUAAUUCUGAAAAACGUAGCUAUUAGCUUGACGGACAUUGAUAAUUUUAGUUCUACGUGCAAGAAAUUUCAGUGGAUAUCCCAUUAUAAAAAUCUCUGGCAAAUAAAAUAUACUAAGAGAUGGCCUACUGUACCGAUAUUGUGGAAAGAAGAAAUGGGCAUUGAAUUUGAUGACGUAAAUAUUAAAGAUUUAAAAGAGGGUAACAAAUGUGUGGAAGAUUUGUGGCUUUAUGUGUCUCGUAUGUCUGAGCUGUAUCAUUACUGUAAGGAAAAAGAAUAUAUCGCAGCAACAGAUAUAAAUCAAUUUCUCAGUCUUCAUAAAGAAAAGCACCCUUUCAAUAUGUUUAUCCUACUUGUUGAACUUAUCGGAAACAUAUUUCAACAAGAUCCACGCCAAUCCAAUUUAACAGAAAGAUACUACAGCAUACAAAUAUUUCGAUGCCUGAGUCACUAUAUUUUUAAUUUAAAAUGGCAUAAACUUCUGGAGAAAUUACCCAAUCAAGAGCAGCGUUUGGAGGAUAUGUUUGUCAUAAUAUUACGACGUUAUCAUCCCGAUAAGUUUAUUACUAUCUUGCAUGUAGAUAAUGUCAUAGAUAAUAUCGUGCAAGAAGUAUUAAAAUUUUUGAAAGAUGAAUAUCCCCAGCAUCCGAUUUUGUCUAUACAACCUGAACAAUUUGCGAUUUGGAGAAAUAAUUAUAUUGAUAAGAAUUAUUGGGACGAAACGCACGCAUUGUCAAUUAAGUAUGCACUCGACAAUAUUAUUGUAAGUUUUGAUUCCUAUGAAUCAUGGAUGGAACCGAAUCAGAUAAGUACGGAACGGCAUUAUAAACCGCUGACUAGAAAAGAUAUAUUACGUUAUAAACAUAUGUUGUGGUUGACAAUAUAUAUCUGCGUUGCAAAUAGAUUGGGUUUACGUGUUUCAACAAAAUUACACGAUGGAACUGAUUGUAUUCAAGAUACACAUUUGGUUCAUCAUUUCAGAAAUAAUAUAGAAAAUCUAGAAUGUUUCACAUUUGCGUGGGCAGAAGAUGCGAAAAUUUUUAGCAUAAUAGAAUGCCGACGAGGGUGGUCUAUUCCAUUGACAAAUCUGCAUCUUCGGCCUAGUUUGUCAAUGCAGAUAUACGAAUUUUUGACUAAAUGUGAAGACACCUUUACUGACUACAAUAAGUACAUAUCACCAUCAAUAACUCUGUAUAAUGAGACAAUUUGUAGUCCAGAUGAAAUGUUUCGGAAAACAAGAUCGCCUAAUCUAAAAUUUGCGAUUGGAAUGAUAGUUACACAUAAGCAUGACAUGGAAGAUAAUACACAAAAAGAUAUUACUGGUGUCAUUAUUGGGUGGCAUAACGAAUGCCACAUUGAACGCUUUCGAUAUAAGAAUUCAUAUUGUAUUCCGAAUGAAAUUAAAAAAGAAUGUAUAGAGAAAUAUAACAUAAAAGAUUGGAAAUCGCAACCAUACUACGUUAUGUUAGUUGAGAAUAAGCUGUGUUAUGUUCCACAAUGUGCUAUAACAUCGACAUGCGAAGAAUGGAUAAACAAUUCAGAAACUGGAAGAUUUUUCUGUAAGUUCGAAGGCACUCAUUAUGUAUCAAACAAAAUGCUAGAAAAAUAUUAUCCAGACGAUGCCGCUGUCGUUCGCGAAAUAUUGAGUAGUCGAAAAUUAUAAUAUUUUGAGUGGUGCAAAAGUGUGUGUCUGCCAUUUUUUAGUCAGGGUUAAAAGCUGGAUUGAAAUUUGAAAGUUUGUAUAUUGAUGCCAGUUCUCGGAAAGCAAUAACAAACCAUCAUAAAUAUCUUGCCAAAGAGAGAAAAUCCUUCUAAAAUAAUGCGCAUAAAAAGUGUAUAUGUAAAGAUUUGUUCUCUGACAAUAGACUUAGAUCAAACAUAGAUAAUACGUUAAAAUAUUUAAGAUGACAAAAGAAUAUGUAUUAGUAAUAUUAA